AUUCUGAAAUUCUUGGCAAACCUACCAAAACCUGUUGAGCAACCAGUGAUAUUAUUCUCUGUGUCUAUGAAUGGCCAUGUCGACGACGGCUUUGAGCCACUUGUGAACACCAUUCGAGACCUGUCACCAAAGCACUCUGGAUGCCUCUCUGCGCCAAUACCCUCUGCCCCUUCAAAGAUUGCUUGUUCCAUUUCGCUGUUCCCCCGCAGUCAAUGUAACACAGUGCGGACCACAAUCCCCGGUCGGAAAAAACCACAAGUUGGACGAUGGCGCAUCGAUGAACCCGAGGGAAGGUCUUACGCGGUUGGCUCGGAUCGAUAUAUCUCCCGUCAAUCACAAGCUAAGUUUGAGCUCGGGGCACUGGAUGGGGCAGCGGCCUUCGUUUUCUUUUCCGAUGACAUGCCUGAAGGGCUGAUGGAUGCACUCGAUUAUCAGGUUCCCCGGAGGAUAGCCAAGCUUGGAAUGAUAUCAGCCUCCACUCCGUUUGUCACAGAACGGCCCUUCACCUUAUUCCACGACCAAAAAAUAUACGACUCUGGUGCGGUCGGGAUAUCGCUGAAAUGCGAUGUGCCUCCGCGCCAGCAUGUCAUGUUUCAAGGUUAUACAUCGAUAUCGAGUUCUGUGCAAGUGACAGACGCUCGGGGAAACUUACUCCACAGACUUAACGACACCAGCCCAACACAGUUCCUCCUGGAUUGCAUUCCGCGAAUGCAGCAAAGAGGUGCUUCACAAGAACAAGCAGAAUCGGGUUUCUUGAGCAAAGAAGAUGAAUUCUUCGUCGGCAUCCCCUUUGAUGUGGAACCCCAAAACUUGCAAACAGGAUACCAACGAGUUUAUCGCAUCACGUCCGGAGAUCCGGCGAAAGGAACGAUGGCUCUUGACGCUGACGAUGGGCCUCCUAUUGGCACUCGUGUUCAGUUCCUUCGACGCUCCGGUGCUUGGGAAGCUCACAUUAAACGUAAUGAAGACAGAUCGCUUCUCUACCAGUUCCAGUCUACGUCAGACGAAUUGCCGCCGGUUGUAGAACAAUCUUUAUCGCGCGGUGCAGAACACCCAGACAUGACUGUGGUAGAGAACGUGUUUUGUGCGGCCAGCGAGCAUGGCUUUGUGUCCAACUCCCUGCCCGGCAUGCCAAUGGGCCGUGGGAGAUGCUGGAGAACAUCUGUAUUAGGGGCGGAGGCAGAGCUUUCCUCGCCACAAUAA